GCAAGCCCGGCCCGGCCCCAACAGGUCGGACGACUUGUCUAUCAAGGCCAGAAAGGCAGGGCCGGGCAAGCGGCUUCCCUCCUCAGUCCACCUGUCCGCGGUACUACCUGGCGCAGCUCUCUCCCUGGCAGGCACUUGGACUUGGACAUGGCGGGGCUGUUGGCACCUGGGGGGCUGCUCGUGGGCCUCUUGCUGGCCUGUGUCGUAGAAAAGACCAGCACUCAGAAUGUAUUAUGUGGGGUGCCUGUCCUAGGGCGGAUCUUGGGUGGCACAGAUGCCAAGAGUGGACAGUGGCCCUGGCAAGUGGGCUUUAGUAUCCACAGUCAGCAUCAUGUCUGCGGAGGCACCCUCAUCACCCCCGAGUGGGUGAUCACGGCAGCCCAUUGCUUUCCCAGUGUGCACCCGAUUGGUAUUUAUGACGUGACCCUGGGGGCCUUCCAGCUCAAAAACCCCACAGGGGACAUGGUAGUGAGGCAGGUGGAGAAAGUUAUCAAACACCCUGACUAUACAGAUGAAGGGUCCAAAGGGGACAUUGCCCUGGUGAAGCUCAAGCAACCGGUCACUUACAGCCGCACCAUCCGGCCCAUCUGCCUUCCCGCCUCUUCCGUCAACUUCCCUGCCGGCAUGAAGUGCACCAUCACUGGCUGGGGCAAUGUGCUCACAUCUACCAGCCUCCCUGCGCCCAUGACCCUGCAGCAGCUAGAAGUGCCCAUUAUUGGGAUUGACACCUGUCGCUGCCUAUACAGCUUGAACCCUGAUCCUGAAGACCCCCACGUCAUCCACAAUGACAUGAUGUGCGCUGGCCAUGCCGAAGGCAAGAAGGACGCCUGUCAGGGUGACUCCGGAGGGCCCCUGUCCUGCCGCGUAGGCAAUUCCUGGUUAUUGGCCGGGGUUGUAAGCUGGGGAGAUGCAUGUGGGGCUGCCAACAGGCCUGGUGUCUAUACCCGCACCUCGAACUAUGCUGCCUGGAUUAAGGAGAACAUUCCAGAGAUGGAGUUCAGCCAAUCAACUGUCAAUAUGGAGCCCGUGUCCGAGGAGGGCAUGUGCAAUGAUACAGCUGGCCAGCCAGGCCGUUAUGAUGAGUUUCAGCCUCUGCCAGGCGGGUUCCGCCCCAUCACCCCUAAACCGCCUUCUGGGAACAGCGCCACCUCCUGGGCCUGCACUGCCACCCUGCCCCUUCUGUUUCUCCUCCUCCUGAGCCUCUGCUACCUCCUGUAAAUUGCACUUCAGAUCUGGUCAGUAAACCCACCUGCCCAAUGAUUGUAUAGGGAAGAGGUCCCUUCUUUACUACCACUUCCACUCCAUGUUCAAUUGGAUGGUUGCAAUAUUUCAGUCAGUCACAUCUCAAAAUUUUGCUGUCUUCUGAAAGCAGGUGAUUGUGUUGAAUAGACUCUGGUCUUAUUUUACAAGAUGGCGGCCUGGUGCCUCAGCAGAAGCUUCCUCCAGGAAGUGAGGUUCAGUCCGAUGUCUGCCUUGGGCCAGUGCCAUCAGCUAGCCACCAUCUAGGAUAAACUGAGGUCCGCUUGAUUCACAUCUCACUUCAGUUGCUUCUAGCCGGUUAAUUCGUUAACAGCCCGCUGCUUUUAAAAAGCUGUACUGUGGCUUGAGGCAAUGGUGUAGGCCCAAAAUGGCUGCCCCCCUGCAGCUUCACAGUGGAGAACAGGCUCCCGCCAAACUAGGAAAUUCAGUUCACUCUCCUCUUUGUGCCAGUUCCUAGUUCUCAUCCCUUCCCUUAUCUCUGAAUUUGCUGUUUGGCAUCCCAUGCCAGUCUCCUGCCAGAUCCUCACAUAAAUCCUUCAACCUUGAUAGCUUGUGAUUGACAUUUCUGCCAGUUCCCUUCAAGCUGUCUGCAAGGUCAGACCUCCUGUGGCUGCCAGCCAUGGCUCUUUGUGGAAAUGAUUUCAUCUACCUACAAAACCGUCCCAGAGGCUUUUGUUGCUUCCUUCUAGUUCAGUCUAACACUGUCCACGCUGUUUCUACCACCAUCACAUUGUACUUUAUCUGACCUCACUCCAGGGAAUGAGCCGGGCCUUCCUCAUUGAACUCUGUGUUAUUCUUCAGUUCCCAGCCCACCUCAUGGGCAAGCCUAAUGUUGAUCUAAGUCAUCCCCUCCCUGUGCCCUUUUCCAGGGUGACUCCGGGGGACCCUUGUCUUGUCCUGUAAACCAAACUUGGCUGCUGGCUGGGGUAGUAAGCUGGGGGGAUUCGUGUGGGCAGCCCAACCGUCCUGGCGUCUACACUCAAGUUUCAUCCUAUGUGGACUGGAUUCAGAAAAAUGUCCCAGAAGUGGCCACCACUGCGAAAGAAGAACCAGUCUCUGAGGAGGGAGUGUGUUCGACAGCACCCUUUUUGCUCUUAUCAUCUUGGAUUUUGCUAGCUUGCGUGGCCUUAUUGCAUGUCUUCGUGGAUGGUUAAGAAACUGCCAUUUUACCCACGUCUCCUGCCAGCCCAGGGACUGAAAGUGGAGAUGGAGAAGCACACUGUUACAAGGCCCUUCUUUGUGUGGCAGUAAUAGCCUUAUUUUUGUACUGACUGAUGUGCAUGUUUGAAGCAGGACACUGAUUUCAUUUUAAGCUUCAGUGCGGGCCAAUAAAUCCCUCCAUUGGGGUUUAGGCUUUCUGGGAUGCAUGUAUGGAUGUGGCAGUACUCUGGAGAAUCAUGUCAUCAGCACAACACCCAACCCCUCUUCCUUCUGAAUGAAGUCUUCCAGGCCUUAUUUAUGAUCCAGUGGGACUUAAAUGUGAAGUGGGCUGGAUGAGGAUCUCUCAGCACACGCAGGCUGGCAAGAUAUCUAUGGACAGAGCUUCUACCCAUAUGGACUAAAAGGGGGCGGUUCACUGUUCUGUGAAAACCUGCAGCUUGCCUUCCCUGGGAACUUAAGCAAUCUUUGUAUUUGCACAUUUUUAUCGCUUGAACUAAAUCCAGGUAUAUGAGCAUCUCUUUCUUGAUCAAAUGGGAAAGAGAGCUUUUGAAGAUACUCUUGCAAUGAAGGUUUUUAAUAAACUUAAUGGUAGUUGUGGCGUCAA